AUGGAUGAUCUAAUGAGAGAAAGCAUCCGCAACCAGAACGACGUCGCUUUGGGGCUCAACAAUAAGCUACUUCAGACUGAGGGCAAGGAAUCGAACGUGGUCUACUCCCCGCUGGGUCCAAGCUGCUCUCCUUCCUCAAGUCCAAGCCCGCCGAUCACCUCAACUCCUUCGCCGCCGAGCUUAUCUCCGUCAUCUUCUCCGAUGGGUUCCCCAGCGGUGGGCCCCGCUUGUCAUUUGCAAAUGGCAUUUGGGUCAACCGGCCUCUCCUUCUCAAGCCUUCCUUCAAGCAGGUGGUGGACACUGCUUACAAGGCCGCUCUCUCCCAAGUCGAUUUUCAGACCAAUGUAA